AUGAAAAUUGCACUAAAUGCUGCAAAAGGCCUCGCCUUUCUUCAUGAGGAGGCUGAAAAACCGGUCAUAUAUCGAGAUUUCAAAACUUCAAAUAUUCUGCUAGAUGUGGAUUAUAAUGCAAAGCUAUCCGAUUUCGGGCUUGCCAAAGAUGCCCCUGAAGGCGAUAAAACGCACGUUUCGACUCGUGUGAUGGGAACAUACGGAUAUGCCGCCCCAGAGUAUGUAAUGACAGGACACUUGACGGCUAAGAGUGACGUAUACAGUUUUGGAGUCGUGCUCCUCGAAAUAUUGACCGGACGAAGGUCAAUGGACAAAACCCGGCCCAUCAACGAGCAGAACUUAGUGGAGUGGGCCAGGCCCAACUUGGCAGAAAGGAGGAGAUUCUACAGGCUGGUGGACCCACUUCUCGAGGGUCGUUUUUCGAUUCGGGCCGCCCAGCAUGCUGUCCAGAUGGCGGCCCGUUGCCUCAGCAGGGAUGCGAAGAUGAGGCCUGCAAUGAGUGAGGUAGUUGAGGCUAUAGAGCCUCUGAUCAACUUGAAGGACUUGGCCUGCUCGAGUUCGUAUUUCCAGGCCAUGAACGCGGGCCGGGCCAGUUUGAAUGCUGGUGGCAAGAAUGGGCUUAAGUUGCAGCAGCCCAUUAGAAGCCCGUCGAUGCACAAUAGACGGGCUUCGUCCCCGUUUAAUAAUAUUCAGACUCUGCAAUCGCCUGUGGCGAAAAAUGUUUGAAGGUCC